GUUCAUUUUCGAACAUUUAGUUAUUGUUUCAGAUGGCACAAGCUGCUGGUAUCAAUGAAGAAUUAGUCAGCAAAGCAAAACAGAGUAGAAGUGAGAAGAAAGCUCGUAAAGUAAUGUCAAAACUGGGAUUGAAACAAGUACAGGGAGUAGGGAGAGUCACAAUUAGGAAAUCAAAAAACAUACUUUUUGUUAUUAACAAACCAGAUGUUUAUAAAAGUCCAGCAUCUGAUACGUAUAUAGUGUUUGGUGAAGCAAAGAUUGAAGAUCUCAGUCAACAAGCACAAAUGGCUGCAGCUGAAAAAUUCAAAACACCUGAAGCUGGUGCUUCUGUGGGAGAGCCUGCCCAAACGACAAUAUCUCCUACUAUUGAAGAAGAAUCAGAAGAGGAGGAAGAGGUUGAUGAAACUGGAGUGGAAAGUAAAGAUAUUGAGCUAGUAAUGUCUCAGGCUAAUGUUUCUAGAGCAAAGGCUGUGAGAGCUCUGAAGAAUAAUAAUAAUGACAUUGUAAAUGCCAUUAUGGAAUUGACCAUGUAGAAUCACAGAGACAGAUAUUUUUGAAGAUUUCUUGAUGUUUAUAGGGUUUAACAUCAAAUUAUUUGUGCCGUAAUUAAAGUUUUUUUGUUGUCUUGA